GUGACGUCAUCGAGCUGCGCGGCGCGUUCGCAGUGCGUUCCACUCACUCUCCGCGCCAAUCCGGGGGGUGGCUUGCAGCCAUGGCUGCUGCGAACCCGUGGGACCGCGCGGCCGAGCCAAAUGCUGCGGGGCUACUGCUGGACCGUUUCGUAGCUUCGGGGCUGGUCACUCAGGAGAUGUUAAAUAUAUCUAAGAAAUCAGCUUCUUGCUUUGUGAACUUCUCCAGACUACAGCAGAUGACAAACAUUCAAGCUGAAAUCUACCAGAAAAACCUGGAAAUUGAACUUUUAAGACUAGAAAAAGAUGCAGCAGAUGUUAUUCAUCCUUCCUUUUUGGCUCAGAAGUGUAAUGCUCUGCAAAACAUGAAUAAUCAUUUGGAAGCGGUGCUAAAAGAAAAGAGGUCCCUGCGGCAAAGACUGUUGAAACCCAUGUGCCAGGAAAACUUGCCUAUUGAAGCUGUUUAUCACAGAUACAUGGUACAUUUGCUGGAGUUGGCAGUGACUUUCAUUGAAAGAUUAGAAAACCAUCUUGAAACAAUUAGAAAUAUCCCUCAUUUAGAUGAAAAUCUAAAGAAAAUGAGCAAGGCUUUAGCACAAAUGGAUAUUUUGGUGACUGAGACAGAAGAACUGGCAGAGAAUAUACUCAAGUGGCAAGAACAACAAAAGGAAGUUUCCUCUUGUAUCCCCAAAAUACUAGCUGAAGAAAAUUAUCUUCAUAAACAUGAUGCUAUAAUGCCAUCUUUACCUUUUACUUCUAAAGUUCAUAUCCAAACUGUUAAUGCCAAGUGAUUGUCAAUGGUUUAUUUUUGCUUAAUUACAUGUAGUCAUGCAAAGUCUGUUUCUAGCCAGUUGUAUGUAAUAUGGGCAUUCAUAAGCUCUGCUGCUAGCAAUACUGAAAGAGCCCUCUUUGUAUUGAAAAGCACUAAGAUUCCAACUUCAUUAAGACCAAAUUGAGUUUUCCUUUGUUUUUCAUAUAUUUUCAUUCUACUUUACAGUAAAACUCUUGAAGAUCAAAUACAACCAUGACAAUUUAUUAACAUGAGUGCCUUAGCUAUAUCUCACUCAGUGGACCCUUUUAUGUCUUCUUUUUAUUUUUUAUUAUUUUUUAAAGUUUAUUUAUUUUGAGAGAGAGCACAAGUAGAGGAGAGGCAGAGAGAGAGGGAGAGAGAGAAUCCCAAGCAGACUCCGCACUGUCUGUGCAGAGCCCAACACGGAUCAUGACUCAAGCCAAAAUCAAGAGUCGGACACCUGACUAAGCCACCCAGGUGUCCCUAUUAUAUCUUUGUAAAUGUUUGUUUCUGAAUUAGAAGAGUCUUCUUGCUUCUGAAAGUAUGUUGAUUUUUCCUGUGGGAAAGUUACUAAGUGCAUACAAAAGAGCAAAUGUAGCAGGCUUAUGAAAGGCCUGCUUAUAAAGCCUGCUUAGCUGGCUUCUGGGAACUUAAGAUUUCAGGAGGGUUCCUUCCAUUCCCAAUCUCACUAAUAAGAGUUGCUCGCUAUGACUGAAGUGUUUGUACAGUGUGGUUUUUGGUGGGGGUCUUAUUAUUUUUUUUUAAUGCUUUUUCUUUUGAGAGAGAAAAGGAGCACGAGGCGGGGAGGGGCAGAGAGAGAAGGAGACACAGAAUCCAAGCAAGCUCCAGGCUCUGAGCUGUCAGCACAGAGUCUGAAGCAGUACUCAAACUCAAAAAUUGUGAAAUCAUGACCUGAGCUAAAGUUAGAUGCUUAACCGACUGAGCCACCCAGGUGCCCCUGUACAAUGUGGUUUGUGCUGACCACCUUUCCUUCUGGGAGUCUAGAAUUUUGGUACAUGCUAAGCAGAAGGUACAUAUGGCCAGCACAUGAAAAUAACCCUGGGCAUUGCAUUUCUAAUGAGCUUCCAUGAAGACAACAUUUCACACAUGUUCUGCCUUGGUUGCUGGGAGAAUUAAGCACAUCCUGUGUGACUCAACUAGCAGAGGACUCUGGAAGGUUGUACCUGAUUCCCCCUGGACUUUACCCCAUGCACCUUUUCCCUUUGCUGUUUUACUCUGUGUGCUUUUGUUGUAAUAAAUCAUAGCCAUGGAUACAAUGAUAUGCUGAAUCCUACGAAUCUUCCAAAUGUAUCAAACCUGAGGGGGGAGGUGUUCAAGACCCUGAGACUGUAGAAACUUCUGGUAGCCUUAUGAAUAGGCAAAGAAGGAAGAUAGAACAAAGAAUAGAAAAAGCCCUGUUAUCUAAAACUUUUAGAAGUUUCCCUUACAAAAUGCUCACAUAUUUUGCUUGAGAUUAUUGUACAUAUAAAAAAGAGAGUGGCAUAAUAAUACUUGCUAAUACUAAGCCACAGGUGGUUUCUUUUGCUUUAAAAAAAGAUGUAAGCAUCAGUAUUUUUAUGCUGUUGCAUUCUCUGUAUCACCAGGGUUCACUGAUCCUUAUAUUCAUCAUACUCCUUAACAAGAAGACCUCAACACAGUGACUGAGCAAAGUACUUGUUCAUAAGGAAGCAGGAUCCUUGCCAAAAAACUGCCAGAACAACCCAGGAUCAUGUUUUGAAGCCUACUUUGCUACUUUUGCAAAUGGGAUAUAGAAGAGUGGUCGUAAUAUCUUGAACAUUAACGUUUCCUAGACACUUAAACAAUGUUUUGUAUUUCAUCAGAAAUUUGUUCAAGAGCAGCCUUGUUUUCAAAGAUCUUACUAUGUUUCUUCUUCAUGUGAUUUCCUCUGUGUGUGUGUGUGUGUGUGUGUGUGUGU